AUGUCGUCCGUGACCUCGCUGUUGUCGGCGACGGCAACUUCGGCGGCUGCUCCGACGUCCACCGGCGGAAAUAGAGCUGCUCCUCAGGGUGGUGUCAUCGAAGGCGCGAACCCUUCGGUGUACAAUCCGAAGGAUCCCAUCACGAUGUUCAUCAUUCAGGCUGGGUUGAUCAUCAUUGUCUGCCAUCUCCUUCAUUGGCCACUCUCCAAGAUCCGACAACCUCGAGUCAUCGCCGAGGUCAUUGGUGGCAUUGUUCUCGGUCCAUCGGUCAUGGGACGCAUCCCCGGCUUCCGCAACGCCAUCUUUCCAACCGAGUCAAUCCCAAACCUCACCCUCGUUGCCAAUGUCGGACUGGUGCUCUAUCUCUUUCUCAUCGGCCUUGAAACCGAUGCCUUCCCCGUUUUGUGUCGAAUCCUGACGGAGCUGAAGCUUCUUGAUACGAAGGUUGGUGUCAUUGUGCUUUCGGCUGGCGUAGCCAAUGACGUAGUUGGUUGGAUCUUGCUUGCUCUCUGUGUCGCUCUCGCCAAUGCAGGCACUGGUCUAUCUGCUUUGUGGAUUCUGUUGGCGUGCAUCGGCUACAUGCUCUUUCUGCUAUUUGCCGUCAAGCCGACCAUCACAUGGCUUUUGCGUCGAUCGGGUAAUAUCGAAAAUGGGCCUUCCCAGGGCAUGAUCUCGCUCAUUUUGUUGAUCGCACUUACUUCGGCAUUCUUCACGGGCAUCAUUGGUGUUCACGCUAUCUUCGGUGGCUUCAUGGUUGGCCUCAUUCUUCCUCGUGAAAACGGCUUUGCCAUCAAAGUCACCGAAAAGUUGGAGGAUUUGAUCGGCGCAUUAUUCCUGCCUCUAUACUUUACACUGUCCGGCCUCAACACCAACUUGGGACUGCUGAAUUCUGGCAUCACAUGGGGCUACGUCUUUGCCGUUACAUUCACCGCGUUCUUCACCAAAGUCAUUGGUGCCACUCUUGCUGCCAAGUUAAACGGAAUGGUCUGGCGGGAAUCCUUCUCCAUUGGAGCCUUGAUGAGUUGUAAGGGACUGGUUGAGCUGAUUGUGUUGAACAUCGGCUUGCAAGCCAAGAUCCUGAGCACACGCACUUUUACCAUCUUCGUCGUUAUGGCUUUGCUGACAACUUUCGUCACAACGCCCCUCACAUCGGUCCUAUACCCUCCGUGGUAUCAGAAGAAGAUCGAAGCUUGGAGGCGCGGGGAGAUUGACUGGGAUACUGGUGAUCUUCAUCCCGAAUACAAUACGGGCAACGACACAGACUCCGCCAAACAUGCUAGCACCCGCGUCCGACGCCUCUUGGUAUACCUUCGGCUGGACAACAUGCCGGCAAUGCUGAACUUGGUGUCGUUAUUCGGAAAGCAAUCUGCAUCUAACAACCAAUACGUGGCACAGGAUGAGAAGGGCGGCGUCCACUCAGAGACAGCCAACCUGCAGGCUUCUCCCAACACUCAGGCUGUGCGAGCUCAUGGAUUUCGUCUACUGCAUCUUACUGACCGCGACUCAUCUGUGAUGACAGUGUCGCAAGUAGCCGAGUGGAGCCAAAAUGACCCGGUGGUCAACAUCUUCCGUACAGUCGGCCAGUUUCUCAAGGUCGCCGUGUCUGGCGAAGUGUCAAUCAUGCCCGAGGCACGCUUUGCCGAAGCGCUGCUCUCCAAGUCGUCGGAUAUUUCAUCGGACCUUCUCCUGGUUCCUUGGAGCGAGAGCGGUAGUCUGGUCGACUCUCAAGUUUCACCCGCAGAUGGUGCCGCAAACAAAUUUGCAACGGCAUACACAUCAUUCGCCAAAUCAAUACUUGCUUCUUCUGAGCAUAACAUCGGACUUUUCUUCUCUCACGAUGGCUCUCGGCCAACAACCUCAUCCGGCGAGAAGGCCAAGCUUAUGCGAACUUACUCGUUUAGCGACAUUCACCACGAUAUUCCAUCGAUUCCUGUUACGAACAAGUCCCAUCACAUCUUCAUGCCUUACUUCGGUGGCCGCGAUGAUAAACUAGCCCUCAUCCUAGUUUUGCAGCUCUGCGAGAAGCAGAGCGCCACAGCCACUGUUGUGCACUUCGCUUCAUCGGCCGAAGCUGACCAGGAUGCCAGUGACUUCUUCGGCUUCAUUUCGACACACGCCCCAGCUGCCACAGGGUCCCGAGUAAAAUUUGAGGUUUCAUCUGCCAGCAAUCCCAUCGAGGCUGCCGUAAGCCAGGCUACCUCCGCCAUUCGGGCUGACUCACGGGGCAUUGCUUGGCAUAACCUCAUCGUCCUUGGUCGACGUACUUCUGCUUUGUCCAAGGAGGGUAAAAACUCUGUUAAAGUAUCGACCGAGGCCAGAGAGUGUUUGGGUUCGGCGGCUGCGGCCCUCAUUUCGUCCGAGGUGAAAGCAGAUAUGUUGGUUGUACAAGCUAAAGCCGGGUCGGCGUGA